AUGCCGUGUAUGUCUCCAGAAUCACGUAUCCGCGAGGAGCCAUCAUCAGAGGAAAUGAUAAGGGCUAGCUCCGAGGAGGGAGAGGAGGGGGGUGAGCAGGCGCACUUGCUAUCAGCGGAACCCGCAUUUGCAUCCAGACCCGAUCGCUAUGCAAAGGCUGAGUACUUAUCUAAGUACAUCCCCGAACUCGACCCGAGAAAUGCACGCGCACGGACAAUGAGGGUCAAGAUGGCCAAAAGAACGGCCAUGCUCCGAGUGCAGAUGACAAUCGCCACCUUGAUCGUGGCGAUCAACGUCACCAUCAUGCUCUGGGCCGUCCUGACCUAUCCACCCGACGAUCGAGGCGUGGGCACGUUUUCCUUCGGCGACUGUUCCAGUGCUGCCGCCCUCAACAGCGCCUUGCACGUGGCUCUAAACAUCGUGUCGUCCCUUUUUCUCGGUGCCGGAAACUACUGCAUGCAGAUCCUCGUAGCACCGUCGCGCGAGGAGAUCGCACGCGCACACCGCAGAGGCACAGCACUGGAGAUCGGGGUCCCCAGCGUGAGGAAUCUGCGGCAUAUCGAGUGGAUCCGGGUCACUGCCUGGGUUAUCAUUGGUCUCAUCGCAACGUUAUUGCACAUCUUCUGGAACUCUUCUAUUUUCACAUCCUUGCCGAUUGCGGUGAUCCCACGUGCUGUAGUCACAAGCGACUUUCUCACAGCUGGAUACGACUGGACAACCUCGGACUCGCUGUCUCACUUUUCGUGGUGGAGACCUGCGCAGCAAUAUGGAGAGGCAUCACAGAACACGUCGAUGGUGUAUGCCAUGCAACACACUGCCAUCAAUAUGACUCGUCUAGAUACCAGAGCCUGCGUGGAGCGCUACAUCGAUCCGAUGACCUCCACCAGUUCCGUUAUCAUCGUCGCCCGCAACGUGAGUACGGCGCAAAAUAAUGGCUCCUCGCUGAUAGAUGGCUGGGUAUCUGGUUGGGAAGCUUGGGAGUCUUCUAGCUCCUGGAUCUGCAGGGCGCACCAGGAUAGCGGGAGACAAAAGUUUUGCAAUUGGGACUUUGCCAAAUCCUUCGCGAGGGACGAGGGUAGCAACCGGGAUAGGUGUGGGUUGCAUUACAGCACCCACAUUCUGGCUAUUGUGUGCGCCUGUACGUUUCUGGAGAGCCUCAUGAUCUUCUGGACUUCCACCUACCAUUUCCGCAACAUACAAACCAAGGAAGAGAAGAAGAGUAAGCGCACUAUGGUUACCAUGGGUGACGCGAUCAACAGCUUUCUUGAACAUCCACAUUCUUAUCUAGAUGAACCAGUCGCCGAUGAGGAUACACCGGCGCCUCCUAAACCGGGAACCGUUGAGGUUAAAAUGACGACUUGGCAAGCCAAGUCCCGUGUCUCGUGGUUCAAGGCCAUUAGUCCAUGGGUUUGGGCCCUUUCACUUACAUUAUUUGCCGCGGGACUAGGCGGCACCUCCUACUCUAUUGGAAGCUCGAUAGAUUGGCUAUCGUACCAAGGUGUCGACGUGAGUCCGUCGGCUAUAUGGAACAAUGGUUUUCGAGUAAACCCGGCCACGCUCGCCCGCAAUCUGGGCCCUCUAAGCAGCGGCAUCGGCUCAACUCAGGCACUCCUAGGCAACAUCAUCGUAGCCAACAGUCCUCAAGUCAUGGUCAGUUUCCUCUACCUUUUCUACAACAACAUCCUCACGCGCCAGCUGGUCAGCGACGAGUGGGUGCGCUUUCUUCAAGAGGAAGGAAAAAAGGUGUUGAGAGUGUCUUCGCCCGAGGGCAUGCAGCGGUCAUCCUACUUCCUCUCCCUGCCGCUCAAAUAUUCGAUCCCACUCAUGGUAAUGUCCAUCCUCUUGCACUGGCUCAUAUCCCAGAGCCUCUUCCUCGUCCAAUCGAGCGCUUUUGGCCCAGGCAAGGAUGGAGGACGUCUUCCCAUCUAUGACUACUCCGCGAGAGGGUAUUCUCCUCUCGGGUCUAUUCUAGCCAUCUCCCUUGGGUUCGCUCUAGUAGUAGCCUUACUGCUGAACUCCUGCUUUCGGCAUUAUAGAAACAUACCUGCCGGUUUCCAGCUCAUGGCGUUCAACAGCAGCGCCAUAAAGGCAAUGUGUCAACGGCCAGAGGGUGAUUCUGAUGCGAGGUUUUUCCCUAUCAGGAUCGGCGUUGUUGUUACCGAUGCAAAAAUAGAAGCGUAUUCAUCGGCACGUCCCUGUAAGGCCGUGGUGUUUUCGACUGAUACCGAGCUUCAAGCGCCUGAAAAUGGAGGACAAUAUCUACAGCCUGUCUUCAUUCAAGGGGAAGGCGUGUGGCGUAUAUGCGUUUCUGCUGACGACUUCGUCCAAAGUUCCAUCGAGCAGAACUGCGAACACUAUGCCAAUAUUUUGGCUGUUGGAUUCGCGAAGGAUUGUCUUACCCUGGUUGACAAUUUUCGAUGA